AAGAAAUUUCCAAUAUGGCUGCCGCUGUGAGAGUUUGUGUUCGCCUCAGAAAAAUUGCAAAUCCAUGCUCUUCCCUACAAGCCUUUGCCCUUCGGGCUUCUUGUGUAACUGUAAAAAAGUUUUUGUCGUCAUCUAGAGUUUUUUAUUCAGCAAGUGAUGAAAUUGAGUCGAAUCCGUUUUACGAAAAAUACGCUGCGAGAAUCAAGGAGGUCAGGAACGAGAUAAAAGAAGGAAAAUUGUGAGUGCAAAUUUUCAACAUACAUGUAAUCAAGCGAUAUUAGUAGCUCUAAAUAUUUUAAUCAAACUUACUGAUCUGCUAAUGCAAGUGAGUUAUAGCUCCCAAACUAAGUAUACUAAGUAACAUGCCUAACACGUAUUUCACAUAGUAUAAUUUAAAAGCUUGUAUUGCUGCAGUGAGGCGACUUGUGGAGACUCAGAAACCAAGUGUCCUUAGCUUUUCACAUGACGGCAGUAGUUUCAUCUGACAUAAUAUUUCCAGCUGACAGGCAAUAUUUUGGCAAUGCAGAACUCAAGAAAAUUUUGGUAGAUUUCACAGCCACGUGAAGAUGAAACAGUCAAAUUAUUGCAUGUCUAGCAAAAAUACUGUGUGGCGGAUAUCAACUACUUUUUAAUGAAGAGUAUAUGCUAGACUUUCAAAAAAUACCUUUGUUCGAUUUAGUAUGGCCUGGUACAAAGGACUUUUCAUACUUGAUUGGUAAACAGUUUUAGUGACCCAAAAAUGGGUCGCUGCACUUAGACCAAUCAGAGUAGCUUGACUUUAGAACCCUUGGAGAUAAAGUGUUCACUCACAAGUAAUUAAGCACACUGAAAUGUGACUUGCGGUUGAAAUUCCAACAUGGGGUUGACUGCAAAAGCAAUUCAUAAAAGAUGCUCUUGAGGCCACAAGAUUUUUUGAAUAUGCGUGACUAUCAGAGGAAAUAAAUCAAAGCAUAUCUGAAGGAUUGCAAUGUGAUUCUUUUGCUCACUGGUAUCAUGAUCUGAUGCAAGUGUGUCCAUGUCGUUUUAUUGACAGAUGCUUACUCCUCCUUUUUUCUCUGCAAUGGCCUUCCUUGACGAUUUGAAGCUUUAUUUCCCUCACUUUGUGACGUUUCCGAACAAUGGUUUCAUUCUUGUCAGCCCAGUCAUGGUACAAAAUAUUUGUUAACAAACUGUCACUGGAAUUCUCUUUUCAAAGUAUUGACUCGAUUAAAACAAACUUUGGUUUUUUCUGCCCACCUGAGAGUGUUAUUACACCAGAAAUCUUUGUUUGUGACAACGUAAGCACAAAGUUAACAAUUAUUUUGCCCUUUCCUUUGUUGGAGAAACAUACACAGGUUAGAUUGUCUUUGUUGUAGUGGAAUCAAUGCAGUCAAGGACUCCCAAAUGAAACCUGAAACCCCAAAUGCAAGUGACACCAGUCCCCAUUCUUGGAGCAAAAUGCAAAUAGAAACCUUUUAAGGGAGACAAAAACUCCUAAGAAGCUUGCUCUGCUCACUCAAAAACUUGUGAGGUCACUCGUGAGGUUGACUUUUGGGAAGUCUAAAUAUAUAUGUGCAGGAAAUCUGUUUAUAUCCUUGAACUGUGUUGGUACAGGCAAGUGCUUUGUAAGAAAUUUUAUCUGGAAGCAAAAAUGCCAAAAUAGUUUGAGUUUGGCAUUUCCAAAAUGCUUUUAGAAGUAGACAGUGUGUGGCUGAGCGGUUAAGGGCACUGGACUUGUAAUCUGAAGGCCCUGACUUCAAGUCCUGCCCUGACCACUAGCUGGAUUUGUUCCUCGGUACUCCCAACUUCAUAAUCCCCAGCAACAUUUGUGAAAUAGCCAACUGGUUCACCUUUUACCAGUUAGGAUUCUUAACUUUGUAUUAUGUUCAACUUGAAUUAUUUGUCUCAUUAUCCCUGAAAAGCCCCAGAGGGGGAGAGGAUAAUUAAGUAUUUAUUAUUAUUAUUAUUAUUAUUAUUGUUUGUUAAUUAGUAUAAUUACAUGUAGUAAUUAUUAUGCUAUGAACUUGGAAAUUUUGUAUGAGUUCUGCUUUUGUACAAAGUGUAUGAAUUUUUUAUGAGAUUAUGCAGCUCAAGGAGGACACUAUUCAUCAAGGCUGUAGGCUGAUAAUACACUUAGCUGGGGAUGUUAUUUCAGACCAAUUAUUGUGAUUAUAAAAGACAUUUCUCUUUUGUUCUUCCUUUUGUUACAAAUUACAGAGAAGAGAAGAGUCCAGAUGAGAAGUUUCGUUUAGAUGAGCAAGUUCAGAGAGAAGCUGAAAGUUACAGACAG